AUGAAUAAAAUCGUAUUACUUUCACUGUUAUCCUUGGCCACGGCCGCGCCAGUAAUAGUGGAUCAACGUUACAGUCAUGAGGAUUUAAUGCGAAUAGUUCGACACUUGCAAAAUAUUAAAAGAUCGGAUCAAGAAAGUUAUGGAACUUCAGGAGAUGGUGGUGGCUAUGGUGGUGGUGACUAUUCCAGUGGUCACGGAGGUGGUGGUUUCGAAGCUUCCGGAGGACACUUCGAAUCGGGUGGUGGUCAUUUAGAUGGAGGACAUCAGGAUUAUUCGUCUCUCGGAGGAUAUGGUGGUGGAUAUGGUGGUGGAUAUGGUGGUGGAUAUGGUGGUGGACAUGGUGGUGAUGAGGGUGGUCAUGGAAUUUCAUUAGACGGUGGUCAUAAUUACGUUCACAGCGUACCAGUAUCAGAACACGUUGAAGUUACCAAGCCUGUGGCUGUACCAGUUUACAAGGAGAUAGGUAUACCAGUACCACAUCCGGUCAAAAUUGGCGUCCCUCAUCCAGUUGCCGUUGGGAUUCCACAACCAUACCCAGUUGCAGUACCCGUGUCUAAACCUGUCCCAAUCCAAAUAGUGAAGACGGUUGCUGUACCUGUCGAAAAGAAGGUUCCAUAUCCAGUAGAAAAACAUAUACCUGUACCCGUUGAAAAACAUGUUCCCAUAACAAUAGAAAAACACGUGCCAGUGCCAGUAGUUAAACCUUACCCUAUCAGGAUUCCUGUCUAUAAAACUAUCUAUCAUCAUGCGAAAAAGGGUCACUAG